CUCCGAAUCUGAAGUGUGGGGCUCCACAAAAAAUCCGGCGCCGGAGAUGGACCUCGUAGCAACCCUCCAGUCGGAACUGGAGACUCUUCGAAGCAGGAUGAAGGAAUUGGAAUCUGAAAAUGCUAAAUUAUCUGCUCAGCUUUCGAAUUGCAGUUGCCAAGAGACAAAGGAGAAAGGUAAUGGAAGUGUUCUGAAGAAUGGAGUUUUGGAGGGUCAUGGAAAGAAGAAAAAUAAGCUCAGAGAUUUAGGUUAUGGCGCAAUGAUGCAUCACUCGAAAAGAUAUGUUGCUUUGAAAGUCAUGUAUUUUGGUCUGAGGUUUUAUGGUUUUGCUUCGGAGGCUCAAAUGGAUCCCACUGUUGAGGGUGAAAUUUUCAAAGCUCUAGAGAGGACAAGACUCAUAUUUGGAGACAAGAAGGAAUUGCAAUACUCACGAUGUGGUAGAACCGAUAAGGGAGUUUCCUCUGUUGGCCAAGUGAUUGCUCUGUUCUUAAGAUCAAACCAUAGGGAAUCAAGAGGGGACAAUAAGUAUCCUGGGGAAAAUUCUAUUGAAGAAUCAUGUGGAGAAAUCGACUAUGUAAGAGUACUAAAUCGAGUUCUGCCAAAUGACAUUCGCAUUAUGGGUUGGUCUCCUAUUCCAGUUGGUUUCAGUGCAAGGUUCAGUUGUUUGAGCAGGGUGUACAAGUACUUCUUUUGGCAGGGAAACUUGAAUAUAACAGCCAUGCAAACUGCUGCUGAGAAAUUCUUAGGGGAACAUGAUUUCAGAAAUUUUUGCAAAAUGGAUGCAGACAAUGUGCACAAUUACCUGCGGCACAUAAUAUCGUUUGAAAUUCUCCCCUUCAAUGAAAGUGACAAAGCUGAUCAACUCAUGAUAAUGAAAAUCAAAGGCAGUGCUUUCCUUUGGCAUCAAGUCCGGUGCAUGGUUGCCGUACUAUUUCUGAUUGGCCAGGGUCUUGAGUCCCCUAAUGUAAUUGAUUUGCUACUGGAUAUAGAAAGAACACCACGGAAACCUCAGUUCCCAAUGGCUCCAGAAAUACCUCUAGUUCUUCAAUCCUGUGAAUUCGAAGGUCUCAAAUUUAUUUGUUCAUCAGAUACAAAGCAGUCUUUGAAUGAACAUUUGGAGUGGGAAUGCCGAAGUUAUAAACUUCAAUCCGCAAUUUUUCAUGAAGCUUUGCUAAACUCAUCAUGUAUUGAAAUUGACAACAAUAUAUCAAGUAACUAUACCAAGAAGAAAGGAGCUUCCCACAUUCCUCUAUUGUCUCGACCAACUGAGCCAUCAUAUGAAGAGCGGCGUAAAAAGUCGGAUGCAUGAGCUGGAAUGGAAUGCCAAAGAUAGAAAGUGAAUUAGGGGAGAUGAAAUGAAUGAGUCUUUUUUUUUCUUUCUAAUUUUAUCUUGUUGUAGCAUUAAUUUGUACAUCGUAAUAUGUUUUAUCCUGACAUUAAUAAGGAGUAUUUUUCUAUUGCACUUCACUUUA